AUGCUUGAGGCUUGCUCUUAUGAUAUUACCGGUGAGAUAUCACAACUGGUAAGGUUGGUAUCGAUGAACUCUAAGGAAUCAGUCAACGCGAACAUUCUGAACGACGACUUGGUAUAUAAGAUCCUCCUAUUUCCUACGGAGGAAGGGGUUAACUAUAUAAAGGAUGGACCCCCAAUACCUAAGAAGGUGAUGUUCGAGAAGUUCGUGGACGACUUGUUCUUUGGUGGAGAUACAGCAGAAGAAGCACGGUCGAGUAAGGAGUUCGUAACUCACUUCUUUAAGGGACAUGGGUUGAUCACUGAUCCACUUAAGGAUCUUACAACCUGUCAUGGAGGUCGAGAGGAACUGCACGAAGAUGGCCAUCUACUCGGCUAUACUUUAGCCCUUGAUGAGGAUCAACUUGUGUGUAUGUUCUCUGGUUACAUGCCCGCUGAGCAGUGUGACAAAAGAAGGGCUUGUGCUAUGCUUUCUUCGCUGUAUGACCCUAUGGGAUUGUUAUUGGAAGUGGACAUGGCUGGAAGGUUAAUAUGGCGAGAUAUCUGUGCUACGUGUAAGGAAUGGUCAAGUAUCCUAACGGUGGAAUUGAUUGAUCGGUUGAAGCUUUGGGUACGACAAGUUGAAGAAGUGGUCGCUAAUACACGCACGCAACGGUUUGUUGAGCUCGCUGAGAAGGGUAUUAUUGUGUCCACGGAUGCUUCCAAUGAUGCAUGGGGUGUUGAUAUAAGGUGCACAGGUGACUAUCUUCCGGUUAGAGUUAUGGCAAGGGGAGGAUUAUUUCCGGGUACCCAAGCCACUUGGUCUAUACCACGUAAGGAACUAGUCGGAGUGUACCAUGGUUUGAAGAUUGUGAAAGCAAUCUCAAGUUACUUACCAGUGAAGACCUUCCUGCAACCGUUACAAGCACCUCUACAAGAUCUAACCCCACGGUAUAUGGCAAGACCCCUCGUGCUCCUCUGUGAUAGUGAGAUUACUAUUUACAGAUUACGUAAGGAGUCAAAUGAUAAGCGGCUUCCAGCUCCGGAACGCCGAAGGCUGAGUCAGAUAAGGUUGAUGUGCAAGGAGCUAGAUUGCGUUAUAAGGCACAUACCGUCUGAGCUCAAUUAUGCAGACUCUAUUACUAGGGCAAAACUAGGGUUUGAUCGUGGGAUCGAUGCUAAGGAGGUUGAGGCAAGUUUGAAGUCAAAUUGUGUAAUCUAUGACUAUAGAGAAGCUCCUGGACAAGACCAAGGCAAUGAUGUGAGGCUGGACGAUGAUUGCGUUAAGGUCAUGGCGCUUAAUGUUGAUGGUAUAGACUUGCCCGAACUAACUGGCUGCAAUCCAGAAGAAGUUGAGGAACUACAGGCUCUGGAAAGGUAUGCCACGCCCGAUGGCCGCUAUGGUGAAGGUGUCCUUAAUGAUGCUGACUAUGAAAGGUGUGUGGCAAUUUGUGUUAGAAGGUGCCAGAGCUCCGAUGACGUUCUUCGUCGGUUCAAGCAAUACCUAAAUGGUGAUAUAACAAGGAAUCACUUAGGUAUGGAUGCUACGAAGUUGCAACGACUGGGUAGGAUUUGCUACCUGGAUCAAGACGGUCUUAUUCACCGAAAGCCAAGCGACCCCGAUGAGACCGAGAGGGACCAGAUUACUGGAGUAUUAUAUCUUGGUGAGUCCGAUUAUUCGGAUCGUAUGGUUCGACUACUAUCUGCGAUUUACCACUACAUAUACGGUCACCUCGGUAUUCCUCGAGUUUAUGGUAAGAUUAAGAUGAAGUAUUCGAGGAAGGGUCUGAAGCGGUUGGUGAGGUCAACUUUGAGAUCAUGCAUACCCUGUUUGAAGGCUAGAGCUGCACGCAGCCUGGAUUAUGUGACCACUCAUGUACAAGGGUUACUGACUACAGGGCUGUGGCAGGUCGUGGGUGCGGAUUUGGCUGGUCCUUACGGACGAAGGCAAGGCACGCAAGGAGACGAUGAUGAAGAACACUACUUGUUGUUGGUGCAUGAUCACGUCUCUGGCUUUACUUGUGCAAGGCCAUUGAGGGAUUCCAAGCCCAAGACUAUCGCUAAGGUGUUCCACUCUGUGUUCUGUGAACAUGGAGCGCCCAGAGUCCUUAUCACUGAUAGGGAUAGGGUACAUCUUAUGCGUAAGGAUAUUAAGGUGGUUCUUGCGAAGCACGGUGUACGAUAUUAUACUCUACCCGGUUAUGCUCAAUUCCUGAGCUUUUGGGAAAGAGCUCACAAGGACUUUGUCGAAGUGACGAGAGCGUUGAGAGUAUCUAUGGAUCGUUCUACCGAAGGCUCGUAUAUUGAGGACUACCAGCUAGCUGUUAGAGCAUAUAACAUCACCCCAAGAAUGUGGGCGAAUGUAAGCCCAACGGAACUCCAUUUUACUUACGGUAUACGGGUUCCUGGUGACCGUGGUGACACAGACGGUGAUAUUGAUUGGGACGAGUUGAGGGUGAAGUAUUUCGAUACGGAUCUCUUAAGCUUUGUCAAGGAUAGCGUGCCACUGUUGGAAAGCGCUAAGGAGGAGUUUACGGUUACCUUGAGGGAGUACUUGGAGCUAUGGCGCAUGCGUCAAGAGAGAAAUCUUGAGCGUAUGGCUAUGACUGAAGAUCGUAGGUAUGAACCUAAGUUAUUCGACUUAGUGUUUACCUCCAAGUGCCCGGCUAAUCGUAUUGGUCACCAUCUUGAUGUUAUAUGGUCUGGUCCUUCGACUAUCACUUCACUCAACGGUACUGCAAUGGUUGGUAUAACCCCCGGUAUUAUUCUAGAAGGUGUUGGAGGGGUAGUUGUGAGUGAAGAUGGAAAGAGUCUAGAAGUGCCAGAAGGUUACGGUCCUUCGGAGGUAUACCCACUUAAGAACAUCAAGCAUGCUCCGGCAUUGCAAGGUGUGAUUUAUGGAUAUCUUCAAGAAGGAAAAAGAGUCUUUCUGGAUUCACAGGGAGCUAUUAAGGAUAUGACCCUAAGGCCUGGAACGGAGAUUGACGACUUACGUUUACUUCAACGUGCCAGGAAGAAGAUAGAUUUGGAGAAGAUAGUUCGGGAAUCCGGACGGGUCCGAGGCGAAUUUGGGUCAGAACCGUUACUCCCUCCUGGUAUUUGUCCUUCUGAUGAAGAGACACAACAGCUUGAGGAUAGAGUGCUACCACCAGAGAGCUUCAUUAUGGGUGACUCGGAGGAAGGUGUACCUUCUGAGGAUGAGGAUCCAGAUGAGGAAGAUAUGGUGGAUCUUUCAAGGCUUCGAGAACAACUUGGUGUUGGUGAUGGUUAUGAAUUUGGAAGGUUCAUGAAGAAAGCACCCCUAAAUGGUUCGGUUGUGGUUGUGGUGGACCAUUCCUACAACGGGUUAGCCACUGUUCUCGAGGGUGAUGAGGGAACUGAAGAUGGAUCUAUGUUGGUCCAGCCUAUGAGGGUUGAACUUCUCGGUGGAUGCUUAGAACUUGCUAAGGCCACUGAUAAGGACAUCCUUACGGUACAGCUUGAUAAUAUGGUCUACGUUAGCCCAUGUUGCCAUAAAUGGACACGCAAAAGAAGUCGAGACCUAUUGAAGCUACUACACGAUGUCCAGGUUCCCCGUUGCUAA